CGGACUUCAACCCCACCUUCUUCCACCCUCGUAUUGUCCCCGGCUCACCGCGCGCCCUAACCCUAGCUCCUCGAUUCCACUCUGCCCCGAGCCGAAUUCUCGCCCGAAUUCGCUCGCGGGGGGCACUCGCUACCUCGCCCGCCUUCCGUCGCGCGGAUUCGGUGCCGCGCCUGGAGAUGGACCCGAUGGACAUCGUGGGCAAGUCCAAGGAGGACGUCUCCCUCCCCAAAUCAACAAUGUUUAAGAUAAUUAAGGAGAUGCUUCCUCCUGAUGUACGAGUGGCAAGAGAUGCACAGGAUCUUCUUGUUGAAUGCUGCGUAGAGUUCAUCAAUCUCCUUUCAUCUGAAUCCAAUGAAGUGUGCAGCAGAGAAGAGAAGAAAACGAUUGCUCCUGAGCAUGUUCUUAAGGCUCUAAGUGAUCUUGGCUUCAGAGAGUACAUUGAGGAGGUUUAUGCUGCGUAUGAACAGCACAAACUUGAUACUCUGGAUUCUCCAAAAGCCAGCAAGUUCACUGGGAUUGAGAUGACAGAGGAAGAAGCUGUUGCUGAGCAACAAAGGAUGUUUGCUGAGGCUCGAGCAAGGAUGAAUAAUGGAGCCCCCAAGCCAAAGGAGCCAGAACAAGAUCCGCCACAGCAACCACAAGCACAACCCCAACUUCAGCUGCAUACUCAAACACAGCAACCCAUGCAAUCUCAACUGCAGUUGCAUUCGCUAACACAGCAUUCCCUCCAACCUCAACUGCAGCUGCAGCCUCAGUCACAGCCACAACAGCUGCCACAAGUGCAGCUGCACCCUCAGCCGCAGCAGCAAACCCAAGUGCAGAUGCACCCUCAUCCGCCGCAGCCCCCACAAGUGCAGGUCCACCCGCAGCCUUCGCAACCCCAAGUGCAGAUCCACCCUCAGCCGCAGCAGCCCCCACAAGUGCAGUUGCAUUCAUCAGCCCAGCAAGCUUCCCAACCCGAACCUCAGGUACAUCUGCAAUCACAGGAGCCCUCACAAGCUCAGCUGCAAUCCCAACUGCCAGGUCAGCUGCAGACACAGGCGCAAAGUGGACCUGGCGUGGACAGUUAGAGACUGUUGUUGUGUAGCCUCAGUAUAAGCAAAAGACUGGGCACUUUAGCUGGCAUCUACUAGGAGCCUGUGUGCCUGCUUGUGACCCGUUAGAUCCUGAUUUAGGUUUCCGUGCUUCCUGUACAAUGUAAAUCCAGUGUGAUUGCAGUUGCCUUGUUGCUAAUAAUGCGAAGCCGUUAGUUACUGAUGAUGUCCUUACUGUGUCGUCGAAUACUGAAUUCCUGACAAGUGUCAUGGCGUGGUUUAUUAUGUGCCGUGCUGAAAGAUAUUCUGUUGUCAUUGUAAUAGCCUAACGUGACAUUUGUCCAUGGUGAUAGUGACUGAUUUGAAUGAGCU